CCUGUUUUACCUUGAUAACUUAAAAAAUAACUUUGUGGUUGAAUUAUCGACUGAUUUGUGAUUGUGCAAGUUGUUCCUGUUUUGAUUAUUACACCUAAUAGCAAUUAAUCAGUUUUGAAAACGCGUAGGCAGUUGAAAGAAUAAAAAUGGAUUUUAAGGAAGCUUGUAAAGUUGGAAUGCUAACUCUCAUUUUGAAAAUUUUUAUUCUCAUAAGAUUUUGCAUUGAUAAAUUAAUUGAUUUUGUUUUUGGCCGUUACUAUAAGUCUCUGGCUCAUGGCGUUCCGAAACCAACAAAUCUGUUGGUGUUGCAAUGUGCAACAUCUCUCGCAAAACAAAUACGUAAGCAAAAAUUAUCAUCCGAAGAAGUUGUACGGGCGUUCAUUGAGCGGAUUGAACAAGUGAAUCCUUUAAUCAAUGCAGUUGUCGACUUUCGUUUUGAAGUAGCAAUCGAAGAGGCAAAACGAGUCGAUCAACGAAUCAAAAAUCAGGAGUUUACGAGAGAAGAAUUUGACGCAAAACCAUUUCUGGGGGUGCCAUUUACAACAAAAGAAUCUAAUGCUUGCAAGGGGAUGAAGCAUUCUUUUGGCCUGGUGUGUCGCAAACAAAGACGUGCAAUAGAAGAUGCAGAUGCAAUUCAAUUAAUCAAACGUGCUGGUGGAAUUUUAAUAGGUGUUACAAAUGUCCCUAUACUAAACAUGUGGCAGGAAACUUCAAAUCUUGUGUAUGGUCGCACAAAUAAUCCGUAUAACUGUUCGAGGACCGCGGGUGGUUCAUGUGGUGGUGAAGCUGCAAUUAUCGCCGCGUGCGGAGUUCCAUUUGGAAUUGGAAAUGAUUGGGGUGGAUCCAUUCGAAUACCUGCAUUUGCGUGUGGAAUUUUUGGACACAAACCUACAUGCGACUUGAUACCGACCAGAGGGGUAGUAUACAGAACAGGAAAAGAACCUACAAUUAUGGCUGUUGGCGUACUCACUAGGACCACCCGUGACAUUAUACCUCUGCUUAAAGUGCUAGUGGAUGGAAAUAUGAACAAACUUCAACUUGAUCGAGAUGUUCAAGUUUAUGACUUACAAAUAUACUACAUGCUUGACUGUGGAGACCUCAGGAUGAAUACACUUAGCAGUGAAAUGAACGCCGCAAUCUUACGAAUUGUCGCACAUUUCCAAGUGAACUCAAGAUCGAUACCUCAAAAGUUAAUGUUAUCUAAGCUAAAAUAUGGGUAUGAUCUGUGGGAUUUUUGGUCAAGACAAGAAACAAAUGCUAACUUAGCCCGAGACUUAACCGACCGGAAAAGAGCGGUGAAUCCUCUUAUAGAAAUUUUAAAAUAUUUAACAUUCGCUAGCGAAUAUAACAUUGGAGCUAUGCUCAGCUUGAUCAAUUACAUGUUACCGGUAAAAAAUUGCGAAUGGGCCUGUAACUUAACUGCAGCACUAUCCGAUUUGCUCACAGAAACACUAGGUGACAAUGCUGUUUUGUUAUACCCAUCAGCUCCGUGGACCGCAAGACAUCACAAUACUUCAAUUUUUCGCCCUUACAACGUUGGUUACAACUCGGUGUGGAGUGCACUUAAUUUUCCCGUGACACAAAUGCCUUUGGGUUUAGAUUCAGAGGGAUUGCCUUUGGGUAUUCAAGUAGUUGCAGCACCGUAUCAAGAUCACCUGUCCAUAAAUGUGGCGAAGGAACUGGAGGAAAUAUUUGGUGGAUAUGUACCUCCUUUCAAGUUUUGAUAGUUUCGUACCUACCUACUAUGAAUUUGACUGUUUUGUGUUAUCAAAUAAAAAAGUAAUUUAUUCUU